AUGAUCAAGCUCACCGGUCAGUGGAAAGGAGAAAGCGCCGGAGGUUGUCGCAAUAAUCCCGAGAAGUAUGAUAAGAAUCCCUGUUUUCAAAUCAAUAUGCCGAACAAUGAACCGGAUAAUCAACUGCUUAUUGAAUUGCGGGGUCCAAAAGACUAUGCUCUUGGCUGUGAACUAAUCAAAGUAUCGAUUACCAACCCCAAUGCAGCAAACUUACUUGAGCGCAAGUCUACCGGAGAUUACAGGUGA